CCACUUUAUGGGCAACUGAGCUCAGAAAUUGUGUAGAAAUACUGAAAGCUGAUAGAAAGACUUCAAACACAAUAAUAGUCCACAUUAAUAACAUUCUUGUUUUUUUUGUACACGCAAAGAUGACGGACUUAAAACCAACUGUUGCACUGACCAGUGUCAAUUCCGAGAAUAUGUCGCGCCAUCAAAUGCUGGAUUGGGUCAAUCGAAUGGUCAAUGGGCAGUUCAGAAAGGUUGAGGAGCUGAGCUCUGGUGUCGCUUAUUGCCAAAUGAUGGAGAUGAUCUUUCCCAAUUGCAUCAAUUUGAAGCGCGUCAAAAUGAUGGCCAAACUGGAGCAUGAAUCCUUUCACAACAUGAAGCUCUUCCAGGGCGCAUUAACACGCCUAAAAUUAGACAAAACCAUUCCUGUGGAUCGUCUGAUCAAGGGUCGUUUCCAGGACAACUUCGAGUUCUUGCAAUGGUUCAAAAAGUUCUUCGAUUCCCAAGCGCCGGGAAUGGAAAAUAUUAAAUCAGCAGCCAAUGUUGCCCAGCAGCCAAAGCCCAUCAAGGCAGGGGGCUACCACGCUGCCAACACGUCCAAAGAUGAGUGUGCUAAGGAGAAUCUUCAGGCCGUAAUGGAAGAGCUUGACCAGAAGACACAGGAGGUGGUGGAGACGAGGGAUCGAGCGUACGAAAAGUUGCGUCAAAUCGAAAUUUUGUUGACGGAGACCAUACAAAAUAACCAGCAUGUGGCAUUCUGUAAUCGCAUUUGCGAGGUGCUCUACAAGCUGACAGAUGAUGAACAGCAGAAGCAGGAAGAGAAUGCAGAGGAUGAGGAGCAGAAGGAGGAGGUACAACUUGAACAGCGGCAGGAGCAAGAGGAUGAUAUAAAUAUGGGAAUGUAUUAAAAGAUAGAUCUUUGGGUGAUUGUUGAGCUUAUUAUUCGGAAUAAAUAAAUUUAAUCAUUUGG